AUGUUCAGAUCGCUGAGUACAAGGCAUGUUGUUAGGUUUGCCAAUACUCGAUGUGCGUGGCGGCCAAACUCAGUCAACUCUUGUCUUGUCAAAAGCUUCUCAUGUGGCAUUUGCCAACAUCAGAAAGAGACUGCUAUCGAUGGCGACUUAGAGAAUGGGAGAAAGUGGUCGACCCCGUUGGCCAAACAGCUCUUUGCUGCUAUCUCAACAACUGGACCUGUUCCAUUAGCGAGCUACAUGCGCAUGUGCUUGACUGGUGAUAUCGGUGGUUACUAUACUGGAGCCAUUGGCCAAGGCCGAGAUCAGUUCGGAACAAAGGGGGACUUUGUUACUUCACCUGAGAUCUCACAGAUCUUUGGUGAACUUAUUGGUGUAUGGUUCAUUGCUGAGUGGAUCAGUCAGGGUCGACCAAAACAGGGAGUUCAGAUCAUUGAGGUCGGGCCUGGUCGUGGUACCCUCAUGGAUGAUAUGCUUCGAACAAUCCAACGUUUUCCUGCUAUGGCUAACAGCAUUGAUGCUGUCUACAUGGUAGAAGCCAGUCGUGAGCUCCGAACUGCUCAGAAAGAACUUCUUUGCGGGCCUGAUGCCUUAUCAUCAGAAUCAAAGUCUGGCUUUCACAGUCCCAACAAGUACAAUGGCAAGCAAACCGUCUGGACCGAUACUAUCAAUCAAGCUAACAUCAUUAUGGAAUCUGACAAGAUGCCCUUUAUAAUCGCCCAUGAGUUCUUCGAUGCUCUACCCAUCCACAGUUUCCAGUCAGCUCCUGCUCCUCCCCCUCUACCAAAAUCUUCUUCGCCUACUUCAGCUCCCCAGCCACAAUCUGAAAACAGCAAGCUCACUAUGGAAUGGCGAGAAAUGAUGGUGUCACCGACGCCGCCGGGCGUCACUCAUGCCCAGCUCGGGACACCAAAGUCAGCGCAACAUGAGCCUCCCCCAGAGUUCCAGCUCACUCUCUCGUCUACCACUACCCGCCACUCUCGCUUCCUCCCCGAGACUUCCACUCGGUACCGCAAGCUCAAGAACAUACCCAAUUCAAACAUUGAGAUUUGUCCCGAUGCUUCUAUUUUCGCUACAGACUUUGCAACUCGCAUUGGCGGCUCCGAUCAACACCCCAAGCCUAAGCCUAGUGGUGCCGCUCUCAUCCUCGAUUACGGAACCUCGGACACUGUCCCCAUCAACUCCCUCCGAGGCAUCCGUCACCACAGGCGCGUGAAUCCCUUCACCGCCCCUGGCCUGGUUGAUCUGAGUGCUGACGUUGAUUUCACUGCCAUUGCAGAGGUGGCUAUGUCGGCGAGCGAGGGCGUUGAGGUUCACGGUCCUGUCAAUCAAGGCGACUUCCUCGAGGUGAUGGGUAUUCGCGAACGUGCUGAACAGCUGACCAAGGCUCCUGGUGUGGAAAAGGAUACCGUUGACAAGAUCGAUGGGGCUUGGAAACGUCUUGUUGACAAAGGUCCGGAUGGCAUGGGGAAGUUGUACAAGGCGUUGGCGAUAUUGCCUGAAAAUGAUGGUCGAAGGCGACCAGUUGGAUUUGGAGGCGAUGUUUUAGGUUAG